UGCCGAACAAAUUCAACUGGCUUCUUUCUUAAUUUGAACUAGUUGAGAAUGCAGGCACUUGCUAGCCGCUGCAGCCGGGCUCAGCCCUUCACCACCUCGCGGCCAAUGGUCGCUCGCCUACAGAGCGGCGCUAUCGCCCGUCGCGCAGAGCGUCCGUCGCAAUUCUUAAUUGCUAACGCCGUCGUUUCUGACACUGGGGCUGUGGAUGUUGAGCAGUAUGAGGACGAGCUCGACCUGCCCAUGACUGCUGGUACUCCUUUGGCCCCUGCUAGCGACAAGGUCCGCCUUCGCAUCCGUAUGCGUAGCUAUGAGGUAAAGCUGCUGGAGGACUGCAUUGCACAGAUUCAGACGGUUGCGGACGCCACUGGCGCUGCCUUCAAGGGACCAGUCAUGCUCCCGACCAAGAAGCGGGUGUAUUGCGUGCUGCGCUCCCCGCACGUCAACAAGGAUGCUCGUGAGCACUUUGAGAUUCGGACGCACCACCGGCUUGUGGAUCUGAAGAACCUUUCGGCGGAGACUGUGUCGAUGAUGAUGCAGUGGGUGCCACCGUCUGGCGUUGAGGUGGAGUGCAGCAUUGCCUGAGCGAUCUCAGAGCCGUGUCAGAGGACAAUGUUGGCGACAACCGGUCUUCUCGCUAUGCCUUCGUGUCCUUGAGCACAGCUUGACAGGAACGGACGGCGGCUUUCAAUGUGCUCGUCAGACCAGAGUGGGGAGGACUGAGGUUCACCGGCAGGAACAUCGGUAACAGCAGCGCAGACGGACCAGACAGGGUCCCCCUUUCUUAAAGGUCGGCUGCUUCCCUGCAUGUUGCGAGGGGUAGGAUCGUUCUUUCGUCCAGGGGGAGCUACCCGCGUGCAGCCCAUCCCAGCGUUUUUAUGUGUUGACAGAACGACAGUGAUGCGAAACGACAAGCUGCGCAGCAAAGUGCUUACCAUUUUGUAGUUGAGUAGGUGGGCGUGACCCGUCACAGCAAGGUUCUGGCGCCUACGAGAGGUCGUUCAGAUAUCCUGGGGACGCUAGUUGUUACAACUUGAACGGACGCCGUACUGUCUGUUUGGAUUCUGUCAGUACGGUCUCUUUGGGUUCUAAGUGCUCGCGAGGCCGGACGUAUGUGUAUUUUGGUAGCUAAGGUGGCGUCUACAGUUUUGUAAAAACGUUUGGCAAG